CUCUACUAUCUACAUUAUCAGAAAGCCGCAGUGGCAUCUGUCUGGCAUCGCGUAGUACAUGUAGGCACAGGGCACAGCUGUAAUUCACAACAAUGGUGGUGCCGGUCGUGUUUUAGGUUUAAGUUGCGUGUGGUUUUCGAUUAAAUUAAAUCCGAUAUUAGCAUUGUGAAAGAUGGACAAUAGGAUCUCGAUAUGUGACCUGGGCGAAGAAGAAAUUAACAAUGAAAUAUUUCGGGAUAUCGAGCCAGUCACGUGGAUCAACGAUGAUCCGAACUAUGAUUUGGACGAGAUCAACAUGUUCUUCCAUAGGGUGGAUUCAGAUCAGAUUAUAUACGAAGAGAAAAAGAAGAAAUGCAAAUUUAUCGGUAAAUAUGUUAUGGGUGAUGUUCUUGGUGAAGGUAGUUACGGAAAGGUGAAAGAAGUGCUGGACUCAGAGACACUUUGUCGAAGAGCCGUGAAAAUCUUAAAAAGGAAGAAACUUCGUAGAAUCCCAAAUGGAGAGCUUAAUGUUCAACGGGAGAUAAGACUAUUAAGGAUAUUAAAACAUAAGAAUGUAAUUAACCUUGUAGAUGUUUUAUAUAAUGAUGAAAAGGAGAAGAUGUACCUAGUUAUGGAAUUUUGUGUAUGUGGAUUACAGGAUAUGUUGGGAAGCACGCCUCUCAAGAAGCUUCCGAUCUGGCAAGCACAUGACUAUUUCUGUCAGUUGUUGGACGGUUUAGAAUACCUCUACAGUAAAGGGAUAGUACACAAAGAUAUAAAACCAGGGAAUUUGUUGUUAGCUUUAGACGGUACCUUAAAGAUCAGCGAUUUCGGAGUCGCGGAGGCAUUAGAUAUGUUUACCCAAGACGAUACGUGUAAGAUGGGGCAAGGCUCGCCGGCGUUUCAGCCUCCCGAAAUUGCAAACGGCUGUGAAACAUUUUCUGGUUUCAAAGUAGAUAUAUGGAGCAGCGGAGUUACAUUGUACAAUAUAACCACGGGUCAAUACCCUUUCCAAGGUGAUAAUAUUUAUAAAUUGUAUGAGAACAUUGGGAAAGGCGAAUACACGAUACCCGAAGAGGUGGAGGAAUCGCUGAGAUCUCUCAUACAAGGAAUGUUACAAAAGAAUGCGGAUGAACGGUUCACAUUGCAACAAGUUAAGAGACAUCCGUGGACCGUAUGUAGAUAUCCUAGAACGCAAGAAGAAGUGCCUAUACCUCCCCUCAAAGGACACAAUUGGCACAGUAUGACCGUACUACCGUACCUGAUGGAAUAUCAUUACGGAGGUGACGACAAUCCUACCUAUUACACGGAACAUCAGCUGAACGAAGAGAAACGGCUUCAAGAAGUGGAAGAUAGAAUCAGUGAAGACCAAAAAGCUACUUGGAAUAGUCACAACAGUAAACCAAAUUCGCAGCAGAGCAAACGGAGAUGGCGCAAACCGAUUUCGUGUAUUAACGUUAAGAAAUUCCCCUCCUGUAAGCCAUCGUGAUUUGACUUAUUGUCACGCGCAGACACACGCUUAUUUUUUUAUUACAUACCAUCCUGACUGAACACGUCGGAUGUGAAGUUUCUCUGUGGUGGAGACGACUGAAAAAUUGAUGAAUAAACGCUGAAACGGUGUUAGGGUAGACUAGCUACGCGCGGCUCGAAUUGAGUAUAAAAUUUCGAAUGAAAAAUUGAAAACCGGAAAAAAGAUGAAAAAUAACAUUAAACGUAAACAUUUGUGAUAUUAAUAUUAAAUAGUCAUAGUAGAUAAUUCUCCAUGAUCUAUUAAUUAUGAAGUUGAUGACUCGAUAUCGAAAUAAAGUGAUUUUCUUUCAUGUGCCAUACGAUGAAGUUACAAUUACUAAGGGUAUGCGUCGUUCAACAUUCUUUUUUCUAUAACUCUUCUCUUUUCUUUUGCGUUUCAAUUCAGGUGACGAGAAAAUCAAAAUGGUAGUACAGAGAAUUGUCAGGUCGCCUUCAACGUUACUUUUCUAAUCGUCGAUUAAACAGAAUUGACAUCCAAACGAAAUUGCACUAAGAAAAACGUAUCUUUUAUCAAUAUUGUUCGACGUCGUUGUUACAAUAGAUGGAAAGAAGCGUUUGUCCAACUUUUCGUCAGCCUCGGUAGAAAGCAGGAAAUAUUCGUUUGUUAAAUACUUAUGCGCAACGCAUCAAUAAAACGAGGUGUAAAAUAAAAAUGAAAAGAACUCGUUAUUAGUCGAUGUUACAACGGAGGACUAAAACACAGAUUAUUCGAACGUGGUAAGGAUUGCGUGGUGCUGAUUAAUAUCGAACGCGUGUCAUAAAACUCGUUUUCCUCGAUUGAUACCUCUCCUUCGAUAGAACGUUUUAUAAGUAAUUGUUAUUUAAAAAAAGGAAAAACAACAAUCUGUGUUUGUAGACUGCGAACAUGUACAUAUUAUAGUAUCGUCCAUUGUGAAACGACUUGUAAACUUAAACGUAACGCUUGUAUCGUCACUUAAUGCGGACAUCGACUCCGGCUACGACACGAAAAGAUCGCGGGGCAGGGUUGGAGGAUCGUUUCACGUACACUUACAAUAGAUACUGUCAAAUCGUACUUGAUUAUCACUAAGGCUGAAAUACGACAUCAUUCGUUUCUACGUCGGCUUUGAAAGUUUUCAUUUUCGUACCAAGCAGCCACAGAUUCGCGCUUUAACGAGGUGUAUCGUCGAUGGAGUGUGAUAAAAUCAUCCUUGUACAGGAACGCAUAUUACCCAUGUGCGUACGUACAAUAUCUCGAGUACGAAUUGUAAAUUUGCUGGUUGAUACGCGACCAGUCCCGGUGGCAGAGAUGCAUCUGUAAUACGCUUCCACGACAGAAUUGUUUAUUUCACGGAAGAAAUAUUAAUACAAGUUUUUAUUACGGAAGGAUGAGAAGUUGUUCUUCAAAGAGCGAACGAGCAUCGGUAUAAUAAUAGUAUAUGCAAUGUGCUUAUUUCUUCUGAGCGACGAACGGUCGACACGAAGAUGAGAUGUUAUAAUAUGGAUAUCGUGUAAAAUGAAGCUGAUAGAAAGUGUAUACAUACUAUAAAUAUGAAUUGUUCUUUCCUUAAUGGAAUUAAGGUGCCUGAAUACUGCCAAGUACUGAGAGCACAUACACACACAAAUACACACACACACAAGGAAUAGUUAUAUAUCUUUUCUGAUUGUACAUAUUAUGAAUACACAGGGAACUAUGAUUCCAUGUGUUUAGUUGCGCGAAGAAUGGAGAGAAACGGUGAGGAUUGAAUGGCAGAAGAGUUUACGUUAAAUUAAUCUGAUGAUUAAAAUCUUACCUUGUUGCUUCGCAGGACACGAUCGACAAAACUGAUAGUAGAUUCGAAAGCAAGGGUACGCGCGUACUAUUUUUUAUAAACCAUUAAUCCGAUCUAUUCCGCGCGCACAAUGAUCACUUGUAAAUUUGUUAAUCGCAUAAGUACACAUAAUUCGCAAGCAAGGUAAACUGCUGAAACAGAUACAACGAUCUUGAAGUUGUUCAACCAUCGUACCAUCGUUUAAAACUCGAAAUACUUAAAAUAAUUUUUAGGAGAUAAUUUACUGAUAUUAAUCGUUAAAUAUAAUUUUUAAUACCGCUGUAGUGGUUAAUGCGAUGUUACAUUUGUUAAUCGAAGUUGAAUAAAAUUUUAAUAAAUAGAACGUGCGCUGCACACGCACACUCGGACGAAGAUUCUAUGAGAGAUUAAAAUUGUUGUAAAACAUUGUAUCCAAAUACCUGUCUGUAUAAAAGAAGCUACGAACUUUC